AUGACUGGCAUCAGCGACAGCGGCAGCAGCAGCAGCAACUUCUCCGGCUCCGGCCCCCAUCGCAGCAUCGCCUUCCCCAAGUCAAAAAUGGAGAUCCAGCUGGACAACUACUUCAAGGCCAAGGUGUACACCUCCGGCGACUCCAUCACCGGCACCGUCACCAUUGUGCCCCAGCGCAACAUCCCCUUUGACGAGUUCGAGAUCGUCUUACUCGGCACCACCCAUACCCGCGUCGAGCACGUCAGCGCGCCCAUCGAGUCUUCGCACGUCUUUUUAAAGCUCUUCAUGCCCAUUGCCGAAGAUGCCUACCCCGUUCCCCGCGUCCUCGAGGCGCACCAGACCUACACGCUUCCCAUUCACUUUGUCGUGCCGCACCACCUGACUCUGAGUGCAUGCAACCACAAGGUUGUGUCUCCGCACGUCCAUGACCACCACACGCGCCUGCCACCCACUUUGGGUCGCGGCAACGGUAGCGGCGCGGCCGCCGCCUGGGAGCGCGACGACAUGGCGCCUGAGAUGGCCCGUGUCGAGUACGUCGUCAAGGCGCGCGUCUACCGCGAAACGCUCAAGGAGGACGGCUCAGGCCGGUCCACCCGUGUCAAGAUUGUCGAGGCCACCCAGCCCAUCCGCGUUCUGCCCGCCUCGAAAAUCGACCCGCCUCUGUCCGUUUCGGAAAAGGACCGCGCCUACAAGCUGCAGUCGUCCAAAUCAAUUCGCAAGGGGUUGUUUGCCCGCAGCAAACUCGGCCGCGUGACCGCCAUCACCGGCGACGACUCGAUCGGCGCCCCUGAGCCAACGCCCAUCGUGCUGCGCCCCGACGGCAUCGCAGCCUCACCAACCAACGCCUACGUCCAGCUCUACUUUGACCCAGCCCGCCCCGACGUUGCACCCCCGCGCGUCACCAGCGUCUCUGCCAAGCUCAAUGCCCACACCUACUACAGCACUGGCGCCAUUACCACCUUCCCCAACCUCGGCGACUGGGCCCACAGCGACAACGUGCUCAUGGAGCGCCGCGGCUCGUAUUCGACCUCGGUGACGCUGCUCAACAACAGCCUCAAGAGCUUCCAGUGGGAGGCCCAGGUGGACAAUAGGCGCCGCGACUCGGGCUACUGCAGCAGCGACAGCGGCGGUCCCGAGGAGAUGGUGACGGGCAAUGCCCGCCGGCGGUCCUCGGCGGCGUCUCCUUCCAACAGCAAAGAGAUGGGCCUCGUCUACGCCGCGCCGCUCAUUGUGCCCCUCGAGCUGCCCAUGCACAAACGAACGUUCCUGCCGACCUUCCACUCGUGCAUCGCCUCGCGCACCUACUCGCUGCAGCUCAAUAUUUCCAUGGUGCCCGCCUCGUCCACGUCCUCCUCCAGCUCCUCCUCUUCGUCCGGCUCCACCACCACCGUGUCUCUCUCUGUGCCUGUGCAAAUCGUCGUGGGCGACGCCAACGAUGCGUCCAUAUCCGGCAUGCCCAACGUCUCCGCCAGCCAGUACUACUACAACGAAGACGCUGCGGGUCUGCCGAGCUUCGACGACGCCCUAGAGGAGGCGGAGGCCGAUGCGCACCUGAUGCCGCGGGUCAUGGCCGUGCCAGACGCACAGUAUCAGGAGACGAGCGUCCUACCUGGCUACAGCGGCCGGCAGUGA